GGUCAGCACACACGCCGUGUUCAGGCAAUGCCAUGUGCCCACAUGCUUUCAUUUGAAGGACUUAACAAAAUUUUGUGGAAAAAACAUAACCAGAACAAGAAGUGAACAUUAACAGCAACAGCCAGAAGACUUAAACCAAAGUAACGGAGAAGAAGACACACAGUUUGAGCAGAAAACACCGAAACAAUGAAGGAAAACAAUGAUGGGUUCGUGAGAGCGGAUCAGAUUGAUCUCAAAAGUUUGGAUGAACAACUCGAGAGACACUUGAAUAGAGCAUUGACUAUGGAGAAGACCAAGAAAAGAAAUUCUGAUGAUAAUAUUCUGAUUACGGCGGCUGCCACCGCAACCCCCAAUACUUUUAAGAAGCAACAAAGACAAGACUGGGAGACCGAUCCUACUAAACUCAUCAUCAAGAGUGUCAUUGCUCGUGGCACCUUCGGCACUGUCCACCGUGGCAUCUACGACGGUCAGGAUGUCGCUGUUAAGUUGCUUGAUUGGGGAGAGGAGGGCCAUCGGACAGAAGCUGAGAUUAGCUCGUUAAGGUUAGCUUUUACACAAGAAGUCGCUGUCUGGCAUAAACUUGAUCAUCCUAAUGUUACUAAGUUUAUUGGGGCAACAAUCGGCUCAUCGGACCUACAAAUACAAACUGAUAAUGGUCAAAUUAGCAUGCCAAGUAGCGUAUGUUGUGUUGUUGUUGAAUAUCUUCCUGGGGGUGCUCUGAAAUCUUACCUCAUAAAGAACAGGAGAAGGAAACUAGCUUUCAAAGUGGUUGUGCAGCUAGCACUUGAUAUUGCUAGAGGGUUGAGUUACCUUCAUUCACAGAAGAUUGUUCACAGAGAUGUAAAGACAGAAAACAUGCUGUUGGACAAGACACGUGCUGUAAAAAUUGCUGAUUUUGGUGUUGCUCGUGUCGAAGCUUCAAAUCCUAAUGAUAUGACUGGAGAGACAGGAACACUUGGGUACAUGGCUCCUGAGGUUCUCAAUGGCAACCCGUAUAACAGGAAAUGUGAUGUCUACAGUUUUGGCAUCUGUUUAUGGGAGAUAUAUUGCUGUGACAUGCCAUAUCCUGACCUUAGUUUCUCAGAAGUCACCUCAGCUGUGGUUCGCCAGAAUUUGAGACCAGAGAUCCCAAGAUGUUGCCCAAGUUCUCUAGCAAAUGUAAUGAAGCGGUGCUGGGAUGCUAAUCCUGAUAAACGGCCUGAGAUGGAUGAGGUAGUUUCAAUGAUGGAGGCCAUUGACACAUCAAAGGGUGGUGGUAUGAUCCCUGUUGAUCAGGCUCAAGGUUGUCUCUGCUUUAGAAGGUACCGAGGGCCUUGAAGCAGAUGAAGGGUUGAGGUGUUUUUAAUAUCCGAGAGAUCCAAAAAAUAUAUGUGCGAGGAAUGAAAAUGAAUUAGCAUAUAAAUGGAAAGAAGAGGAGAGUGGUGAGUACAGCCCGUGGACCUGCACUACAUCUCACUUGAUUGAAUAGUGUAAAGCUUUUCUAUUGUUACUCUUUUUUUUUUUUUUUUUUUCUUUUUGGGGUUCCAGAGUUGUGUAUUUAUUUGACUUGCCAGUGCCAGUCUGGUGAUGGAUUGGCCUUGCCUACUUCCUGUAAGAUAACCCUUUUUAUAUGCCAAUUAAUAAACAUUAUUGUGAUGAUUUAA